UUUAAGUGAAAUUAGCCUUAUUGGCUGUGAGUUACGAGUUAGUUAAUUAGCUGUGCGGUGAAAUUUACUUGCAAGCACAAGUGUACAGUCCUGCCUGCUACUACAAACGCUGGCACAAACGCUGGCACAAACGCUGGCACAACGAAUACAAGGAGUUGUAUGUUGAAUGCUGUGUGAAAACACUAUUCUCUUUAUUUCGCUAAUACCUUAUGCAGCUUCCGAUGGAUGAUGACUGUCCAGAGCUGGUUCCUAUUGAGGAGAAGAACACGACACCUUCAGCUCAGAUCCCUGUCACCAUCAUCACCGGUUACCUGGGUGCUGGGAAGACAACGCUCUUGAAUUACAUACUGACCGAGCAGCAUAACAAAAGAAUAGCAGUUAUACUCAAUGAGUUUGGUGAAGGCAAUGCUCUGGAGAAGUCCCUGGCAGUGAGCCAGGCAGGAGAGCUGUAUGAAGAGUGGCUGGAACUCAGGAAUGGCUGUCUUUGCUGCUCAGUGAAGGAUAAUGGCCUGAAAGCGAUUGAAAAUCUGAUGGAAAAGAAAGGGAAGUUCGACUACAUUCUUCUUGAGACGACUGGUCUGGCAGAUCCAGGAGCAGUUGCCUCAAUGUUCUGGGUUGAUGCUGAAUUAGGAAGUGAUCUUUACCUGGACGGCAUUAUUACAGUUAUUGAUGCGAAAUACGGAUUGCAGCAUCUGACUGAAGAGAAACCAGGAGGCUUGAUAAAUGAAGCUGUAAGGCAGAUAGCCCUUGCUGAUCUGACAAUUAUUAAUAAAACGGAUCUGGUGAACGAGGCUGAGCUCGAUCAGCUUCGAGACACGGUCAGGUCUAUUAAUGGCCUCGUCAGGAUGCUGGAAACACAAAGGUCUAGGGUCGACUUAUCUCAGGUGUUGGAUCUGCAUUCUUUCGAUACCAAAGAUAGUGUGAGGCUGGCAGAGAAACUACAGCUAAUGAAAACAACACACUCGCAUCUAGACAAGACUAUAUUGACAGUUACAUUUGAAGUACCUGGAAGUGUCUGUGAGGACCAUUUAAAUGUGUUUAUUCAGGACCUUUUAUGGGAAAAGACGUUUAAGAACAAAGCAGGACUGCCUAUGAAUGUCAUUCGCUUAAAGGGCAUCUUGUCUCUGCAUGGUAAGCAGAAGAAGGCAAUGCUGCAGGGCGUUCAUGAGCUUUACGAGCUGGAUGAAACGCCUGAGGCCUGGACAGAUGGCGAGCCCAGGAUCAAUCGACUGGUCUUCAUCGGUCGGCAUCUGGAUGGAGACCUUUUAAAGAAAGAGUUCCUCUCUUUAGUCUCCACUGGAGAGGAUUGAUGGAAUAGAGGCAUCAUAAAGUAGGAGUGUGGAUCUAGGCCAUCCAUAUCCUAUUUCAUAUGAUUAUAGACAAAAUAAAGCUGACCACAGACCAGCACUACUAUUCUAAGAUAAGCAGACUGUAAUUUCAGAUUUUUCCAGUAAUAGAUUAUGGUGCCUGCACAGUCGUUUGCAUUCCCAUCCUUGGUGCUCAUGACUAUGACUGUGACGUUAAGGUACUCGUGUCAGAAAGCUGCAAAGGACAUUGUAUUAGUGAGCUCUUGUGUGGUUACAAGAGUAUUUGUAGUCUGUAAAGUUGUAUAUUUUAAGAUGCUUGGUUUGGGAUGUAAAAGAAAGCUACACUCAACAUUACACAAUGAUUCACUUUAGAAAAAUGGUCCUUCAAGGAUUCUUAGGUGGGUUAUGGGUUGCAGUGGCUAAAAAUAUUCAUGGAGCCCUCUCUUAUGGAGAACCUACGAGUUCUAUAUUCAACCUUUAUUUCUGAGAGAGAACUUGAAUAACCGCUGUCAAACGUGCAGCCAUCACUUUUCACCAAGUUGCAAUGGACUGAUACCUUUACAAACAACUGCUGGUUUUUCUUGUUUGUUUUUUUUAAUUAUUAAUUGCUAGGUUGUUGACAUUCGUGUUGAUGAGCAAAUUUUAAUUAUUGGAAAUUACUGGGUUUAAUGUUUGUUUAACUAUAAAGGCAUUAAUUAAAUAAAUAAUGUUUUAUAUGAAA